UAAAGAACGGGUGACGUAACCACUUCCACAACAACAAGAAGAAACAAGGAAGUGUCAAUCCGAAACCCGUAACAAGGCCGAGACAAGAUACGCUGAGCUCCGUAAAAACUGAUGUUCCUCAGCCUCCGAAUUAAUCCACAACAAUGAAUAACAAAGGUUCAUAUCCACAGCAGUCUGUGUACCCUCAGCAGAGUAGUGCACCUGUAUACCCUCCUGCUAUGCAAAUGUCUCCUCAGGCACCUCCUUACACAGACACACCACCUGCAUAUUCUGAGAUAUACCAGCCCAGAUAUGUGCUUCCAGCUCAGGUGCCUGGUCAGGUGCCACAGAUGUCCUCACCCUACGCUGGCCAUCAGGUGUAUAUGCCCAUGCAGCCACACAUGCAGGUUGGUCCGAUGGGCCAAAAUGUCCCCAUGGCUUACUACCACAUGGGAGCUGUUUACCCACCUGGAUCAACCGUGAUGGUGGAAAGUGGCUUUGACGCCGGCGCUCGUUUCACAACCGGCAGCAGCGUUUCCCUCCCACCCCCACCUCCUGGACACCCCCCUAAUGCGGCUCAGCUGGCCGCCAUGCAGGGCGCCAAUGUUGUCAUGGCGCAGCGCAAGAAUAACUUCUUCCUGGGUGGAUCCAAUGGAGGUUAUACUAUCUGGUAACAGCAGCUACUCCCCUCCUUGUUCAUGCCUAAACCGUGCCCCCAUCCCAGAUGAUUCCCAAGUUCCUUCUUUAUUCCAUACGCCUUCCUCUUCAGGCUGCUUGGCCAUGCCACAAUACUGAUAUCACCUAACGGAAUGUAAUAUUAUAGAGCCCUUGUUAAAGGUACAGUAUUCCACUUCUGACCUAAAGAUCAAAUGGUUAAUUUCAUCGCCUGAGAGGAAAUAAAAUCUACAGAUUUAAAAUAUAAGUCUCUCCAUAAUUCUUUACUAGAUCAAAAGUCUGUGGUUGCUUCAGAUUGGACUUUUUUCAGGCCUCUGUGUCUCCUCAGGAGAGCUAUUCUCCUUUUUAAUCAAAUAGUCAAAAAUAACACUGAGAUAUUCAUGUAUUCCUGUACAACUAUUUAGAUGAAAUGUUGAAAUAACAGACCUACGUUAUAUAGUUUAGCUGCUUUAUGGUGAAAGUAAAACGCAAAGAAACAAAGUCGCAAAGCGCAAACUAAAAGAAAUCUCCACUUGUCGUUUUUAAAAAUCUCUAGUGUAGUUUAAUUAAUAGGAGUGUAAUAGUUUUGUGUAAAUACCAGUAUGAUGAUCAGGGGAUGUUAACACCUCUGCUAUAUAUUUAAAAAAAAAAAAAAAAAGAACCAGCAUCCUGGAUGCAUUUAGUUAGAACUGUCUUGUCUUUUGCACAGUAUAAAAAAAAACACCACAAUAAAUUUGUUGCACAAUGAAUUGUCUGAGAGAUUGUUCCAUUUCAAUCAGUUGUAAAUGAAAUAAAUUUAAUUUAAAGCAAAACAAAAUGUCUUUAAGGAGUUAAUGCAAUAUCUCAAGUGGUUUACUGUACCUUGUUGGGCAACUUGUAGAUGAACAUAGUUAAGUGCCAAAGAGCACUGGGGAUAACCCUGAAUCGAAGCAAAUUAACUUCAGUAAACUUAAAGGAAAGAAUUUUAAAGUAAAUCCAAAUAGUAAGAUGAUUAGAAAGGGGUGGUUGGUAUAACAUUUUUAGCUUUUUAUGUAUCCUGUUUCUAUUCCACAGUCGGAUACCCAGAGUUGUUAUUGUUCACAUAUACAGAGCUAUGCUUUUAGGUUUUUUUUUUUUUUUGGUUUACACACAUCGUUAAACUUAUUGGAACCAUUUCACAAGAAUUCAUUUAAUAUUUCUGUUUUGCUUUCUUGGCUUAAUAUUUUGAGUGUGUUUUAGUUAGGCUAAUAAAAACAUUUUGACAGUAUAACCAAUGAGCUGGUUGUACCAAAGAUCUAGCCGACAAUGCAUUUAUAAUAACUUCAAAUUUUAAUCGUCACGGUUUUAAAAAGCAAACAUAUCCUUGAACAAGAAGUUGUGACACUGUCGGCCCCUCCAGCUUUCGGUCUGCCAUGACUGCAAUCUUUAGCGUUUUCUUUUUUCUGUCACUGUGUGUAGGUCACCUGCAUCUUUCAGUUGCUGCAUACUUUGCACCUUUUGCUAAUGUACCUUUUUAUCUGAAAUACCAGUACUGCUAAGCAAAACUGAGGAGUUGCAGAAAAAAGGGGCUAAUCUCUUUUUAUGUUCUGUUUUCACGACUUUUUCAGUGAAAAAACUGUGACAUUUUUCUACAGUUUUGGGUCCAUUUUUAUUCCAUUAGAAAAACUUAUGUAAAGAUGUGCCAUGUUGUUACAAAGCCUGAAAGAGUAUGCAAAGACCUUGCAACGAGGCUACAUGACUGUCCGCAUGUUUAAGUCAUUUUCUUUUUAUGCUUUCAAGCAUUUUUGGAGUCAAUGAAAACUAAAUAAAGUAUUUGAAGCUAAACGUGUCUGUAUGGAUACCACGAACUAAUGUUUCUAAGCAUUUAUCAUUGUGGUGUGAAUGAGUGUCGCUGGGUAUCCGACACAGUAUAAAGUUUUAAUAGCUGUGGCUAACAGAAAGGCUGUUACUGUCAGCGAACAAUUAAUGAUAUAAAUAUUAGUAAAAUCCAAAGCCAACAUUCUGGAAACCUGCUUUGCUCUUCCGAAAUGACCAGAAACCUAUUCUGUGAUGCACACGUCUCACAACUCCUGCCGUCAAUUCAGGCAGCUCAACUGAAAAUAAAGACCACGGCUAUCAAAACUUUAGAGCUGUAACUCAAACGGAAGUUUUCUUGUUUUUCCAUCUCUGCUCCAAUUGUAAAGCAGCAUAAUAGUGGCUUCAUUCCAAGCAAUAUGAAGUUCUGUAAACUUACAGCUCACCAGUAGAUGCUAUGCCAACCACAGCCAGCAAACGGGACAUUCUUUGUUGAGGGAUUAUGGACAUUUAUAGUUCAGGGAUUCUCUUUACAACAUUUUGUAAAAUAGAUGUAUGUACUAAAGUGAUGUGACGUACUUUGGUACACAUUCUAUCUUUUAAGAUUACUAAAGGAGAUGAGUGUCACUACAGUUUGCUGAGACAUGUCAAAGAUGAAAUACUUUGAAAAAAAGAACUUAGGUGCACUUAACUUUUUUAUACUAAACUUAAAAUUUAAAAUGUAAGUUUAGAAUAAAGGUUAUUUUGGAAAUUUGAAAUGUGGUAAGUUUGUUCUUGUAUGCAUUUGUUUAGUCUUUUAGUAGAAUAGUAAAAGCUUUCUUAUGUUAACGAUUAAACAUCAUCUGAGA